AGAAAGUUUAUCUCUGCAUUGCCUGUGGGAAUCUGGGAUCUUUUCAUCUUUCUAUCUCGAGAUAUCUUUCUUUUCAGCUGGCUCUUGUUUUUCCGCCACUACUGUAGUGAAAUUGACGUACAUUACGUACAUUGCAAUUCAAGUCACAAAUUAGAAUCAUUCACUAGUAGCUUUACCGUUUCCCUAUAGAAUUCUUGAGUAGCUUUAGGACUUUUUGGUUCUUCCUCUUGAACCCUUGGCUUCUCCUCUGCAUUGAGAUUAGGUAGUUAUGCAUGAACAUGAUGUAUUCAGAUGAAGAAAAUGUUUUUCAAGGGAUCGCACCUGCAUUGCUUUCAUCCAAAUCUGCAGAUUAUCCUUCGUACGAUGUAUUCAGAAAUCACAGGGGACCAGAUGUUAAAAAGACGCUGGCGGAGGCAAUUUACCGGCAUCUGAGUGCCUUCAACCUCCGGGUGUUUUUAGAUCAGAAAGAAUUGCGGAUGGGAGAUUUCUUACCUGCGGCCAUACAGCACGCUCUCGCCUCUUGCAAGAUUCACAUUGCAAUCUUCUCCCCAGGAUAUGCGGAGUCACCGUGGUGCCUGGCGGAGCUGUCCUUCAUGCUUAAAACCAGGGCUAAAGUCAUCCCUGUCUUCUAUGAUGUGCAGCCCUCUCAGGCCCGCUACAUCCAAACUGGGCCUUACGCCAAAGCCUUUGAGGACUACCAUCGGAAGAAGAGAAUUGAUCUGCACAUCGUUGAGAAAUGGAAAGAGGAUCUGCACACGGCUUCCUUCUUUUCGGGUUUGGUUCACGACACAAGCAAACAUGAGGAGCACAUAUUGUUGAAGAGUAUAGUGAAUAGAGUGGUAGAGGAAGCAAAAGGAGAAGUGUUAGAAGUGGCCAAACACCCUGUGGGACUGGACAAAGCGCUUCAAGCUUUCCAAAAUACAAUAUUGGAGUGGGAUGAAGAGCAGGGGAGUCGUGUAAAAGUAGUGGGUAUUGUUGGAAUGGGGGGAUCCAGCAAAACCACUCUGGCCAAGAAGAUCUACAAUGAGAGGAGUUGGGCAUACAAGGGGCGCUGCUGCUUCUUGUCAGAUGUAAGACUGGAGGGCACCAAAAAUGGCUUGGCAUCUUUACAGAGAAAGCUUCUUCAGAAACUUGUGCAUUAUGACUGGCAAAUCGAAAACAGCAGCCAAGGAAAGGAAUUUUUGAGAAGCCGUCUGCAAAAUGAGGAGGUUCUAAUAGUUUUAGAUGAUGUGGAUGAUGAGGAGCAAAUCGAGGGUUUGCUAGUGAAGGAAGUGCUUGGGCGGGGGAGUUUAGUGAUAGUCACAUCUAGGGACAAAAGUGUGCUCACAAGCUGUGGAAUCUCUUUAUUUCAUGAGCUAAAAGGAAUGGCAGAGGCUGACGCCAAACAGCUCUUCUGCUGGCAUGCGUUUCUGCUGCCUGAUCCAUUACCAGGCUUCGAAUCUCUGGUUCAAAGUUUUUUGGUUGCAUGCUCGGGUUUACCACUGUCCCUGAAAGUCAUCGGAUCGCUCAUUUACAAAAAGAACAUUGACUACUGGAAUGGAACGCUGGAAAAAAUUGGCAAGCAUAUUUUGCCCAGUAAUAUAAUAAAAACACUGAAAAUCAGCUAUGAGGCCCUUGAUGAUAAAGAGGAGAGAGAGACAUUCCUGGACAUAGCUUGGUUUUUCUCCGGAGAAGAGAUAAAUGCGCUGGUGAAUAUAUGGGAGGGUUCAGGGUGGAGUAGUUUGCAGUGUCUUGAAAACCUUGAGCAGAAAUGCCUUGUUGAAUUUGUUCAUGAAAAGCGAGGAUACGGAGGAUACGAUAAUGAGGGGGAAGAGUGCGUGUUAGUCCGGAUGCAUGAUCACCUGAGAGAUAUGGGAAGAAGUGUGAUAGAUGAUCAAACCCCACCUACGCGUCUCUGGCGCCCUCUUGAUGUUCGCGAUUACUUGUCGCGCCGUCAACUUGGACUGAUUAUGGAGGUAAGAGGAAUAUGUGCAUCUCCAGCUCCAAAUGCAUAUGAAGGUGAGAGAAUGUGCUCUGUUGAUGUUGUUGGAAGCGCAUUGAAGCUGCUUGCAGCCCAGGGUGAAUCGGUCAUCACAGAAUUCAGUGAUUUGUCCAGAGAACUGCUAUGGCUUCGAUGGGAUGACUAUGGUGACGUAGAGUAUACCUGCAUUCCUUCUCACUUCUCCAUGCAAAAGUUGAGAGUUCUAGAGCUUUUAGAUGAAUAUAGUGACCUAGAGAGCUUGUGGCAGAAUGAUAAGCAGGCUCCUACACAGUUGCGCGAGCUAUCUGUACAGAGGCUCAGCAAAUUGCCAGAAUCAAUAGGCCUCCUUAAAUAUUUGAAAAAAAUAGUUUUAAGUGCAGGUUCAAUGAGAAGUUUACCAGAUGAGUUGUGUCACCUGAAAUCCCUGAAUCACCUUGACUUAAAUUAUUGUAUGGAAUUACAAUCGCUUCCAAAUCGAUUUGGCAAUUUCACAAACCUAAUCCACCUGGAUUUGACUCAUUGUUCCAGUUUGGAAACUCUACCAGAUUCCUUUAGUCAAUUAAUACAGCUUCAAUAUCUAUGCUAGUAUGACUGCCAUAAGAUGGUGCUCUCCACAGAUGUUCUUCGAAAUAUCCGGACGUUUCGGUACUUAGACCUGAGUUCUGUUACGGGUGAGAGCUUACCGACCCUUACAUGUCAAAGUUUUCUGACAAAUCUUUAUGUGUCAGUUUACCCCAAUCUCAAGAAUUUACCCACAGACAUAGGAGAUUUGGGCAAUUUAAGGGCUCUACAUAUACAAAGUGGGGUGUUAACGUCAUUGCCGUCUUCCCUGCACAAUCUCAGUUUGUUAAAAUCUUUGAAACUGAUUAAUUGUGCAAAUCUCAACUGCAUACCUGAGUCAAUUGGACAACUCAAAAAUUUGGAACAUUUAAAAUUACACGAAACAAAUGUAGAGAUUCUGCCCCAAGGAGUUGCAUGUCUGAUAAAUCUUGUAGAGUUGUCUGUAACCGCUAGCCCACUAGUCGAGAUCAUGCUUUCCAGCCUCAGACCCGCAGGAUAUGAAGAAAACAUUUUGAUUUUGCCACCUAAACUACAUUCCCCCAGCGCCAUGUCUCGACUUAAAUCCAUAAAUCUGCUUCGUACCAGAAUUGUGAACCUAUCCAUUAGUCAAGAGGUCUGCCCGAGUCUUGAAACUCUUAAAGCUCCAUGUUGUGAAAAUUUAGAGGAGGUUAAAGGGCUGCCAAUAACACUAGUAAACAUAGACCUGCAUGAGUGUAAAAGAUUGAAAAAGAUAUCAGGGCUUUCCAAGUUAACAAAGCUUAGAUACCUCAAUAUGCGUGAGUGCUUGGAAUUGCAAGAGCUGGAGGAUUUCUCUCAAUCGGCUUCCCUGGAACUCCUUAUAGCAGAUGGGUGUUGCAUGCUGAAAAAGAUGGACGGACUUAAGCAUCAGUCACAACUAAAAGAUAUACAAAUUGCAGCUUGUCAAACUAGUAUUUGGGAAGGCAUAGAAUGUUUUAAGAGAUUACCCCCCAAAGUAUCUAAUAUAACUUUGAAUAUGAAGAUCGUGGGUGGUGAUGCAACAGAGGUGGACUCAACUCUAUCGUCUUUCAGAUUUCCAGUCUCUGUACUUCAGUUUUCAAGUAAAUGGGUGUGCAAACUCGGAUUAGAGGAGGUGAGAUCCUGCAGUGCACUAAUCAUGCUCCUUUUCUGCAAAAGCUCAGAAGAAAGUGGUGAUCCCAAGAGGGAGGUCUUAUGGUUGGGAAAUAAAUAUUCCAUUCAACAGUACCAGGUAACUCUCAGGACUGAGAGCCAAUGUGAGUGGAUAAUUAUGAGCCUUUUUACAAGAGAAUCCGCUUUUAUUGAAGACCUAAAGAUAAUUAAGGUUGAAGAUGACAUGGGUGUGUAUGCACAUGCUCCUUUUGAAAACAAGAAUGGCUGGGUGAUAUUCUUGAGAGAGGGAGAGGAAUGGAAAACGAGAGAAAUUUGGGAUAAGCUCUUCACAUAUGCCUACUCCAAACGACCAUUACUAUGAUGUAGUUUUCUAGUAAUCCUAAUUGCCACUUCUGGCUGGAUUGUCAAGCCAAAAAUCACGUUUGGAGGCAUUUUCUCAUAAACUCUAGCGAUAAGUGGAAAGCAAUUAACUUGGCAAUUCGAAUUGCAUGGAAUAUUAAUCUAGUCUUUAAAAUUUUACAAUUACAAAUAUAGGUAGCAAAUUAGGUGGUUUUCAUCUUUAGUCAAUACAAAAUGCUUCCUACCUUUUG